GGAACUGCGAAGGGCGAGCCAUGGCGUUGGGGCUGCAGCGCAUGAGGUCGAGCACUGAGCUGCGGAAGGAGAAGUCGCGGGAUGCAGCGCGCAGCCGGCGCAGCCAGGAGACAGAGGUGCUGUACCAGCUGGCACACACGCUGCCCUUCGCGCGCGGGGUCAGCGCGCAUCUGGACAAGGCCUCCAUCAUGCGCCUCACCAUCAGCUACCUGCGCAUGCACCGCCUCUGCGCCGCAGGGGAGUGGAACCAGGUGGGAAAAGGGGGAGAGCCACUGGAUGCCUGCUACCUGAAGGCCCUCGAAGGGUUCGUCAUGGUGCUCACCGCCGAAGGAGACAUGGUUUACCUGUCGGAAAAUGUCAGCAAGCACCUGGGCCUCAGUCAGCUGGAGCUCAUUGGACACAGUAUCUUUGAUUUCAUCCAUCCCUGUGACCAAGAGGAACUCCAGGAUGCCCUGACCCCUAGGCCAAGCCUGUCCAAGAAGAAGCUGGAAGCCCCCACAGAACGCCACUUUUCCUUGCGCAUGAAGAGCACACUCACCAGCAGAGGGCGCACGCUCAACCUCAAAGCUGCCACCUGGAAGGUGCUGCACUGCUCAGGACACAUGAGGGCCUACAAGCCCCCUGCACAGACGUCCCCCGCCGGGAGCCCUCGAUCCGAGCCUCCCCUGCAAUGCCUGGUGCUUAUCUGUGAAGCCAUCCCCCACCCAGCCAGUCUGGAGCCCCCUCUGGGCCGAGGGGCCUUUCUCAGCCGCCAUAGCCUGGACAUGAAGUUCACGUACUGCGACGAGAGGAUCGCAGAAGUCGCUGGCUACAGCCCUGACGACCUGAUUGGCUGUUCUGCCUACGAAUACAUCCACGCACUGGACUCCGAUGCAGUCAGCAGGAGCAUCCACACUUUGCUGAGCAAGGGCCAAGCAGUAACGGGGCAGUAUCGCUUCCUGGCCCGGACCGGAGGCUACCUGUGGACUCAGACUCAAGCGACAGUGGUGUCAGGGGGACGGGGCCCCCAGUCAGAAAGUAUCAUCUGUGUCCACUUCCUGAUCAGCCGGGUAGAAGAGACAGGCGUGGUGCUGUCCCUGGAACAAACAGAGCAACACACUCGCAGACCCCCUCAGCGGGGUACCUCCUCGCAGAAGGGUAUCCCUGGCAACGGUCUAGACCCACCUGCUCCCCGGAUCCUGGCCUUCCUGCACCCUCCGGCCCUGAGUGAGACCUCCCUAGCUGCUGACCCUCGCCGUUUCUGCAGUCCAGACCUGCGCCGCCUCAUGGCACCCAUCCUGGAUGGGCCUCCCAUAGCCACCACCCCCAGCACCCCACAGGCUACACGGAGACCCCAAAGUCCUCUUCCGGCUGAUCUCCCAGAUCAGUUGCUUGGGGGUUUAAAGAAUGCAUGCAGACUCGCCACUGCCCGGAAAAACAAGACUGUGGAGACAGAUCUAGAUAAAGCUCAGGACCCUGACACUCUGGACUUGGAGAUGCUGGCUCCCUACAUCUCCAUGGAUGAUGACUUCCAGCUCAACUCGUGCGAGCAAUUGCCCAGAACCCACCGCAGACCUCCCAGGGUGGCCCGCAGACCCCGUGCUCGGAGCUUCCAUGGCCUGUCGCCCCCCAUCCCUGAGCCCUCCCUGCUGCCCCGUUGGGGGAGUGAUCCACGACUGAACUGUUCCAGCCCCUCCAAGGGGAAUCCUCCCACAGCCUCCCUAAUGCCUGGAACUCGGAAGAGGUGA